CUCCCCCUCUGGCAGUUGGGGGCUGUUGUCGCUGGGCGCUCGCUGAGGAGGAAAGAGAAGAGGAGUCCGCGGCGGGCGGGCGCGCGAAGAGCGGGGGGGAAAAACGGGGGACGAUUUCGACCGACCGAGCGACUGACUGAGGGAAGAAAGAGAGAAAGAAAGAAAGAAAGAAAGAGAGAGAAAGGAAGAGGGCCGAGGAGCGGAGGGGAAUAAAGAGACGCCGGACGGACUUCUUUUUUAUAUAGAUAAAUAAUAAGAAUAAAUUAUUCUUCUUCAUCUUACCCGCCCCCCGUCAGAUUUUGUUGUUGUUGUUGUUUGUUGUUGUUGCCCCGCAUGGGAUUAUAGCGGAGGCGGCGGCGGCGGCCCCAUGUUUUCUCCCAGCCAGGAGGAGCACUGCGCGCCCAACAAGGAGCCCGUCAAAUAUGGGGAGCUCGUGGUGCUCGGGUACAAUGGCUCCCUCCCUAAUGGUGAUAGGGGGCGUAGGAAAAGCAGGUUUGCUCUCUAUAAGAGACCCAAAGCAAACGGCGUCAAACCCAGCACAGUUCAUGUGAUUUCAACACCUCAAGCAUCUAAGGCCAUCAGUUGUAAAGGGCAGCACAGUAUAUCCUACACGUUGUCAAGAAGCCAGACGGUGGUAGUGGAAUAUACACACGACAAAGAUACAGAUAUGUUUCAGGUUGGCAGAUCGACAGAGAGCCCCAUAGAUUUUGUUGUAACAGAUACAAUUUCUGGCAGUCAAAAUGGUGAUGAAACGCAGAUCACCCAAAGCACCAUCUCUAGGUUUGCGUGCCGCAUUGUCUGUGAUAGGAACACACCAUACACAGCCAGAAUCUUUGCAGCAGGAUUUGACUCUUCUAAAAACAUAUUCCUUGGGGAAAAGGCAGCAAAAUGGAAGAAUCCCGAUGGACACAUGGAUGGAUUAACAACCAAUGGCGUUCUAGUCAUGCAUCCCAAAGGAGGGUUCACUGAAGAAUCGAAACCGGGAGUCUGGCGGGAAAUUUCAGUUUGUGGUGAUGUGUAUACUCUGCGUGAAACAAGAUCUGCUCAGCAAAGAGGCAAACUAGUAGAAAAUGAAACCAACGUCCUGCAAGAUGGUUCUCUCAUUGAUCUGUGCGGAGCCACGCUCCUGUGGAGAACAGCAGAUGGCUUAUUUCAUACACCGACUCAGAAACACAUAGAGGCUCUACGGCAAGAGAUCAAUGCAGCGAGGCCCCAGUGUCCCGUGGGGCUGAACACGCUGGCGUUUCCCAGCAUCAACCGCAAGGAAGUGGUGGAAGAGAAACAGCCCUGGGCUUACCUCAGCUGUGGCCACGUCCAUGGCUAUCACAACUGGGGGCACCGUAGCGACACAGAAGCCAACGAGCGUGAGUGUCCUAUGUGCAGAACCAUUGGUCCCUAUGUGCCUCUCUGGCUCGGGUGCGAGGCAGGCUUUUAUGUUGAUGCUGGUCCGCCAACAUAUGCUUUCACCCCUUGUGGGCAUGUGUGCUCGGAGAAGUCUGCCAAAUACUGGUCCCAGAUCCCACUGCCACAUGGUACUCAUGCAUUCCAUGCCGCCUGCCCUUUCUGCGCUACCCAGCUGUCCGGAGAUCAGAACUGUGUCAAACUUAUUUUUCAGGGUCCAAUUGACUGAUGACACCAUUUUACAGAUGAUCACGAUAAAGCUCACAUGGUUAACAAUUUACUGUGAAGAUAAAGAAUUUGCCACUAACUCUAGAUUUUACCUUUUUAUAGGAUUGUUAUUAAUGAGGGCUUUUUUGGGGGGGGGGGAGAAAUCAGCUGGGAGUAAUGUGGAGUGUGGUGAUACACUGAUACCUGGAUCCAAACAGAUAUCAGUGGCAUUGCAUGCUCAACAGAAGCAUGUUCAUGAUGACAUCUUCUUGGUAAAAUUGUAGUAUAUUUGUAAUAUUUUUUUCUUAGUACCCUUGAUCAGAAGAAGGAAAAAAAAGAUACCAAUGUCUUAAUGAUUUUUUAAUCUUGGAUUUUUUAACAGAAAUGCUUUUCUUCUAAACUUUGACAAGCCUUUAAGACACAUAUUUUUUCAAGCUAAAAGGAGCAUACAGAAUGUAAUUUGUCUGUCCUUUUCUCUCUCUCUCUUUUUAAUUUGCAAUAUAAUUAACUUGAAUAGUUCAUUCUCAAAGAGGAUGUACUGAAUGUGUGAGCAAACCUGGGUGAAUGUUCACUAGAUACAUGCAUUAAACAAGCCGUGAACACGAAAGGUUGGCUUCAUAAACAAUAGCACAAACAUAUUAUGGAAUUCUGCAGUGUGGCGUGUAAUGCAGCUGUCCAAAAAGAAAGAAAAAAUACUCAAAAUUACUUGAAAUUUGGAGGUCGCUGUCACUUCACAUAUUAAUGUAUUUUUGACACAGAAGUUACCCUUGCAUGUUCUUCCUGUAUUUAACAUUACACGUGAAACAUAAUGUGGGAAGAUUUAAGAUAUGGGUUAUCUGGUCCAACAGAUGUGUUAGGUCACGUUUUUUGAUGUGCAAAAAGAUUAGUUUGCUUCUGACUUUCCUGAGACAGCACAACUCUCUGACAGCCAGUGUACUACCAUCCUGCCCUGUGUUUUAUAGACUUCACACCAACAUUAAGCUAAUUUGUGACCAACCUUGAGCCCCUUCAUAUGUUGUCUUAGUGUUGCAAGAGCCACUUUUCUGUGGCUUCAUCCUACUGUGUGUUUGAAUGACUUUGUUAUAUGGCUGUGCUGUGUUGUGCAUGCCCUUCCCACCAAGGCUGGUCUUGUCUAUAUGGCUCCAUCAUUUUCUGGUGUUGCUGCAGCACCAUGGGUUGAAGCCAAUGAAAACUGGCUCUUUCACCAAUGUGGGAACAUGGGGAUUUGCGAUAACAUGAAAACAGCUUUCAUGAAAACCCAGGGGUGGUAAGGCACAAUAUAUUAUCAGCCUUUUUCAGCUUUGCAUCUGAUGCAAUUUGUGUUGCUUUUUACAUAUAUGCAGUUCACAGUUUUCUGUCUGUUUCUAAUUCUGCCUUUUUGGCUUCAUUGCCACUUGAUAUAGUUUCCCGUUGCAUGUCUUGGGCCCGUGAGCAAACUGACUUGUUAUAAAUCCAGUUAUUUAAGUGGCUGCUUUGCUACACCAGCAAGAAGGUUUCGGUCGGCUCUCUUGCAAAACAUAACACACGCUGGCCAUGAUGUGAUGGCUGGUUUGGGACACUCUUUGAGUCUUAAACAUUCAAGUCACCACGAAUCCUCCUACAGAUGGUUAAAAAUUUGGUAGCUAUUUUGAGAUCAGUAAUUAAAAAUAAGCUGUUUUGCUGAGCUUCCUUCUAUGAUGCUGUCCAAUGUGCAAACAAUCCUUCAAUAGUUUAACACAGUUUAUUAACUUUUCAGUUUGCCAUCUGUCCUCCUCCCCCCCUUCUCUAUUUUGAGAUUCAGAGAAACACCAAAUGUUACUAUUAAAUACCCAGAAUUAAUUCAUUCCCUAUGUGGUUUGAAAUUCCUGGUUUGAAGUGGGUGGGGUGGAGUUGUGGGAAAGGAGGUAACUCAGUGCUCAUUGUGAACUGACUGGGAUUUCAUGUACUAUAAUGCCCUUACCACAUUUGCAUUUUCAUCUGCUUGGGGUAUUUUUAUGCUUCUCCAUUCCCCCCCCCCACCGUACUUGUGGUAUCAGAGGUAUUUGUUCUUCAAUGUUGACAUGAAAAAAGAACCCACAGGGAAAAAUUAAUUGCACAUCUGAAGUGAUUCUGGCUGUUUGGAUCUCCAUUUUGUUAAAUUCACAGCAACCCCUUGCUAUGUGUGUGCCCUUUGUAUAAAUAUAUAAUUUAUAUGAUUUUAAUAUAUUGUGUAUAUACUUGAACUGGCCUGUUCAUAUUUUGGAUGUAAUAUUGUUUUAUAGUUAACCUUUUAAACAUUUUCAGAUGUUCAUUGCCCACUGGGUGAUGGGGCAUGUUGUUUUUAUCUGCUGCUGUUUAAUACAAUUUUGCUGUAUAAAAAAGCUCAGCAUUUUAAGUUGAUGCACCAAUUUCUUUUGUUUGGAAAGAUUUCACUCACUCUGCUGCAUUUUCUGUCAAAUGCCAUACUCCGUAGCUUGCCUGCCCCACUCAGUAGGUUGGGAAAUAGGGCCAAUUGUUUUAUAAACACUUUGUCCUAGUGCCUUUUUAAAAUGAGUGCUCCUCACCUUUGAUAAUCCUCAAGACAAAUGUGUAGCGCAGAUUCUGACGAUAACCCUGUUUUUGUGUCACAGUUUGUAAGGUUUGCAAACCCCAUCCUGAUCUUUUAUCAUAGGUGCCUCAGACCCCUCCUUUAUUCUUUCUGCUGCUCUCCAGGCUCUGUUAUCAAGAGGCCUUUUGCCGACUGGCAAAAUAUCAUAAAAUCAGAGUUUUGAAAUCUGCCUUGCUUGCCAACUCCAAGGGCAGAAAAACACAGUAGCGAUGACUCAGGCCCUGCUCAGGUGUAGAAUAUUCCCACAAUUAGGUUUCUUUCCAUGUGUGAAUGUAUACCUAGAGAUUGUUCCCCCUUCAGUUGUGGAUUACAUUGAAGCUACUCCAGACUCUUUCAAGAAGGAUCCAUUGGACAGUCCAACCUGUGAUUCUGAAUCCUUUUUUGUGACUUGGGUUCCACACGGUGACAGGUGCGCCUAGUGGGCUUCUUUGAGAAACAAGAGGAACCGAUUUACUGUAACAUUAAUGUCCAAAGUGUUGGAUUCACCCCUGUUUACAUUGCAUUUUUGUGAGAAAGAGAGUGAUGUUGGAACAGUUGAAAGAUUUCCCAGCUUUCCAUAAUGCUCAGGCUGUGUUUCAGUAGCUCUGAAGCACUGACUUCUCUGGCAUGCUCAUUUCCAUAAAGUUUUCUGGUGUUCUGUAUAUCCAAAGAGUUGUCCAAAUUGCAUUGCUUUUCGCUCUUCAUGUAGUUCCUAUACUUCCUAGUUGAAGUUUAGAUUAUCCCAGACUUUACCAUGAGUGGCAAAACUAGUGUAUAACAUCUCUGUUGUGCUGCCAUGAAUGUCAGGGUUUGAGACCACGUUGAAUCCAGACUCAUGCUCCAAUGCCGAUUAGCACGAGAAACACUGAAGUCAGAGGAGUUAAGUUCUCUCCGAAUCAAUCCAGAUUUUGUUGAACAAAGUCUCAUUGUGGCUAACACGAGUGAGUGAUACUGCUGGUGUGUAAGGCAUAGGUAGACUUCACAAUUUUUUGCCAUUGAAAGCUUUCAUACCUUUCUGUUGUAAGACGUUGACUGGUUUAGUAAACAACAGUUUUGCGUAUGUUGUGUGCAUCUGUCUCCGAAAGCAUCAUAACAAUAUGAAAUCUGUUUUUUUUUUCCACUGAACUGUUCUUUUUUAGCUGCUUCCAAACAAGCUUUGGCUAAACUCCAACUUCUGGCUCUAAACGUUUUUCCUGCUGAUGUUUGUAUGUCUUUCUCACUAUUUCUAGGUAGAAAGUACAGGAGCAGUUAAUGUCUGUAGAGAGGAAGUUCAUUUUGAACUAUCAUAUUGCCUAAGAUCGAUUUAUGAUGGCUACAUGUUCCAUGGAGGUUGGCUCGCCAGUUCCAGAUAAUCCUUUUCGGUGCACCUGUUUUUAGAGAAUAGCCUAAUUUAGAAAAUCCAGAAUAGUUUACUCUUCUAGCCCCAGCUCUCCUUUUUGCCCCAAAUUUGAUUUUAAAUGGGCGUGCCUUAACCAGUCAUAUCAACGCCAUGAUCCAAACGGCACUGGAAAAUAAUUUGAGCCCAGCAGCAACUCUGGUCCCUUAAAAAUUCUAAAUUUAGUGAACAGCCCUAAAUUGUUCUUGAGGUGUACGUUUCCCCUGCAGAGGUCAGCAAACCAUUUCCCUUUAAAAUAAGCACAACAAACAAAAACUCCUAUCGAUCCCAAGUUGCUUAUGCAAAUUUCUCCUUGGCCUCACUGAGAAGCUUGCUUGGGGGUGUGAAAAGAGCAUUGUUUUGAGAGAGGUGGUUGCUUUGCAGCAAACCAAGCAAGGAGUCUUGUGGCACCUUAAAGAAUAUCAAAUUUAUUGUGGCAUUAGCUUUCAGAGACUCAAACACACUUUGUCAGGCUUGAUGAGCCCAUGAAAGCUUGUGCCGCGAUAAUUUGCCCCAAUAUUUUGUGUAGUUUAGAGCACUUUCUAGUUUUUGAUAGCUGUUGAUCUUGCUGGCACAGAAAAUGCAUGUGAUAGUUGUUUGAAGGGCAAUCUGGAAGGAAGAGCAAAGCAGGGCAGUGGGUAGUUGUGGAAUCUGAGUGUUUUGGGAUUUUAACCUAGCCAACCUGUGCUGUUUCUUGACCAAUUUGAAUGGUGGUGGUGUUUAACUUUGUCAGAAAAGCCCAUUUCAGAGUGUUUGAUGUGAGAAAGAAAGGGGAUCAAAGUACUUGAUCUGCUCUGAGUCGUAAACAGGAGGUGACUGUGGGCUGAGAUGGUCACCCAGAAGUCAUGAAAAGCAUUUAUUUUAUUUUAUUUUAUUUUGCCACUUCUCUUCCCCAACAAUGGCAAUACCAUUUUAGUCUUGUUUCAGACCAUAGCACACAGGCUCUGACGUCAGCUUCCAGAUACCUGCU